CGCACACGCCCCUUUCUCUAUCUCUCUCCUCGGCUCCCCCCUUCUUCCUCUCACCUCCUCGUCCCUUACUUCACCACCUCACCCAAACCCUAGCCUUCUCUUCCCCCAAAUUUCCACACACUCAAAAUCUACUCCGAUUCCGAGUUACUGUCCAGUCCCUAAGCUCCGCCUUCCCCGCCAAAUCUCAGCUCUCCGACUCCGACGACGAUGAGGAGGAAGACGAGUUCGAAGAGGACGACGAUGAAGACGUCGCGGCCGAUGAGUACGAUGACAUUUCCGGCGAUAUGUUAGACGGGCUCGAACAAAGCGACGAUGAAAUUGAAAUGGAGGACUCCAUGGCCGGUGCAGAGCCGCCGGCGAUUCGCAACGAGGAGUUCCGGUGGAAGAGAGUGGAGAAGCUCUGCGAAGAUGUGAAACAGUUCGGCGAGGAAAUGAUUAACGACGGCGCUCUCGCCUCAAUCUACGAUUUCCGAAUCGAUAAAUUUCAGAGAUUAGCUAUACAAGCAUUCUUGAGAGGUUCAUCAGUAGUUGUGACUGCGCCGACGAGUAGCGGAAAGACUUUGAUAGCAGAAGCUGCUGCUGUAGCAACCGUAGCCAAGGGAAGAAGAUUGUUCUACAUAACUCCGCUUAAGGCCUUAUUGAAUCAGAAGUUUCGCGAAUUUCGUGAAACUUUCGGUGAAAAUAAUGUUGGUCUUCUCACGGGAGAUUCGGCAGUAAACGAAGAUGCUCAGGUUUUUAUUAUGACCACAGAGAUUUUGCGCAACAUGUUGUAUCAGAGUGACUGA